UUAGAUAAUAUCGAUUAGUAUUAACUUAUAUUACUUAGCCGGCAACUCUUCUUUAUAUCCACAUAUGUAGAGCUACUUCUCCCACUCAAAUUGCCACACUUCAAUUUUUUUUACUAAAUGCAGGUGUUCUAUAGUUUAUGUGUUUCUAUUUUUGUCUGUUUUCUAUGGGAGGUGAUUCCAUGACAGUGUUCAACUUCACUCUUCCAACCUUCCAAACUCCAAUAUUAAACUAUGGCCGGCUACAAUUAUGCAUGGUUUCUACGUAUCUCCAUCCUUUUUGUCUUAAACAUUUUGGAGUCACUCUCCAAUCUUAAUGAACUUAAACAUGUCUUAUACCAAUCAAAAACCACCAUGCUCCUCACUCUUCACAUUCACAACCAUAAACCAUGUUCAACUUCUUCAAAAGAUUAUGCCUUCUAAUAUUUUUCCUCUUGCUAUCCUUUGAUGUUUCUGUGUGUUUAUCUUCUUCACUUGGGAACUUCAAGUUUUGUUUGGAUAAUAACAAAAUAAAAAACUUUACUGUUUUCCCUUACAAAGAACAUGAUCAAUCCUAUGCUAAUGACUACUACAAAAUUCUCAAUUUUUCAGUUCAAAACCUUCGGUUCACGGAACCAAAUAUUCCUAAGCCAAUAGCAAUUGUCCUUCCAAAGACUUUGGUGCAGCUACAGAACAGUGUAGCAUGCUGUAGAGAAUUCUCUUUGGAAAUAAGAGUGAGAAGUGGUGGACAUAGCUAUGAAGGAACUUCCUCUGUUGCUGAUGAUGGAACUCUUUUUGUCAUCAUUGACAUGAUGAAUUUGAACCAUGUUUGGGUGAAUAUGGAGACAAAAAUAGCAUGGGUUGAAGGUGGUGCCACAUUGGGAGAAACUUACUAUGCUAUCUCUCAGGCUAGUGAUGCAUAUGGAUUCUCAGCUGGGUCAUGUCCAACUGUAGGAGUUGGCGGACAUAUCGGUGGUGGUGGAUUUGGUUUAUUGUCUAGAAAAUAUGGACUUGCAGCCGAUAAUGUGGUCGAUGCCCUUCUUGUUGAUGCUGAUGGACGAGUAUUAGAACGUGCAACCAUGGGAGAAGAUGUGUUUUGGGCUAUCAGAGGAGGAGGUGGUGGUCUUUGGGGAAUUGUAUAUGCCUGGAAAAUUCAAUUGUUGAAAGUGCCACAAGUUGUAACCAGUUUCAUUGCAUCCAGAACAGGCACAAAAAAUCAUAUUGCAAAGCUAGUGAACAAAUGGCAACAUGUGGCACCAAAUUUGGAAGAUGAGUUCUACUUGUCAUGCUUUGUUGGUGCUGGUUUGCCUGAAGCUAAAAGAAUAGGCUUAUCAACAACAUUUAAAGGGUUUUAUCUUGGUCCCAUGUCCAAGGCCAUAUCUAUCUUGAAUCAGGAUUUUCCUGAAUUGGAUGUUGUAGAUGAAGAAUGUAGAGAAAUGAGUUGGAUUGAGUCAGUUGUUUUUUUCUCUGGACUAAAUGAUGGAGCUUCUGUUUCUGACUUGAGGAAUAGGUAUAUGCAAGAUAAAGAAUAUUUCAAGGCAAAAUCAGAUUUUGUAAGGAGCUAUGUUCCUCUUGUAGGUAUAAAAACUGCAUUGGAUAUUCUAGAAAAGGAGCCUAAAGGGUUUGUUAUUUUAGACCCUUAUGGUGGGAUGAUGCAUAAUAUAAGCAGUGAAUCCAUUGCUUUUCCCCACAGAAAAGGAAAUAUUUUUACAAUUCAGUACCUGAUAUAUUGGAAAGAAGCAGACAAUGACAAAGGUAGUGAUUAUAUUGAUUGGAUAAGAGGAUUCUAUUCUUCUAUGACUCCUUUUGUUUCAUAUGGUCCAAGGGCUGCAUAUAUUAAUUACAUGGAUUUUGACCUUGGAGUAAUGGAGCUAAUUAGUUUUGAUGAUGAUUUGGUGAAAGCAAGGGUUUGGGGUGAAAAGUACUUCUUGAGUAACUAUGAUAGACUUGUUAGGGCGAAGACUUUGAUUGAUCCUGACAAUGUUUUCACCAAUCAACAAGGCAUUCUUCCUAUGUCAUUUGCUAGUUCCAAUGCCAAAGAACUACUUAGUUCAUAAAUGAUCCAUAUUUGUAAAAGGGUUUACUGUGUUCAUUUGAAUAAUAUGGCUUCAAAAGAAAACUAAUGCAUUACAGUUUGAAUUGAGCUUAAA